GGAGGGGGUCGGACAGCCGCAGCCCAGCCGGGGCUGGGGGGCCAGACUGCGGGGUCGCGGGCGGGGAGCGGCGUCCGGGGGCGGCAGGGCAAGUCGUGAAGACCCUCGUCUCCGAGGCCACGACGCACGGGGGCCUUGGAGGGCCCCAGGGCAAGGCGAGACCUUGUGGGUGGGGGCGGGGCCGCGGGUAGGGGAGGGGCCCGGCCGGCCAGAGAGGCCCAGGGUCAAGACGUCCGGCCUCAGGGGCCCGGGCUGGGCAGCCGGGUCCCCUGGGCGGCGCUGAGCAGGCGGGCGGCGAGGGCCCGGGUCUCAGGGCACUCAGGCCUGGUCGCAGGAUCGUCCGCCAUCGCCGCCGCCGCCGUACUGGGAGCCGGCGGGGAUGGAACGGGAGGCGUCGCCGUGGGGCCUUGAGCCCGGGGAUGUGCAAAGUCCUGACGAACUGGGGAGCCCCGAAGGGUCCCUCAAAGGCAACAUGAGUGAGAAUGAGGAAGAAGAAAUGUCUCAACAAGAAGGCACUGGGGACUAUGAGGUCGAAGAGAUACCCUUUGGGCUUGAACCCCAGAGCCCUGGGUUUGAGCCACAGAGCCCCGAGUUUGAACCCCAGAGCCCCAGGUUUGAGCCUGAAAGCCCAGGUUUUGAGUCCCGAAGCCCUGGGUUUGUGCCCCCAAGCCCUGAAUUUGCACCCAGAAGCCCUGAAUCAGAGAGUCCUGAGUUUGAACCCCAAAGUCCUAGGUAUGAGCCCCAAAGCCCUGGGUAUGACCCCAAGAGCCCUGGAUAUGAACCCCGGAGCCCUGGUUAUGAACCCAAGAGCCCUGGUUAUGAACCCAAGAGCCCUGGGUAUGGAUCCCAGAGCCCUGGGUAUGAAUCCCAGAGCCCGGAAUAUGAGGCCCAGAAUCCUGAGUUCAAAACCCAAAGCCCUGAAUUUGAAGCUCAAAGUUCCAAAUUUCAGGAAGGUGCAGAGAUGCUUCUGAAUCCUGAGGAAAAGAAUCCUUUGAGCAUCCCCUUGGGAGUCCACCCCUUGGACUCCUUCACCCAGGGGUUUGGGGAGCAGCCCACAGGGGGCCUACCCCUAGGGCCACCUUUUGAGAUGCCCACAGGGGCCCUGCUGGCCACACCCCAGUUUGAGAUGCUCCAGAAUCCCCUGGGCCUGACAGGGGCCCUUCGGGGGCCAGGCAGGCGGGGUGGCCGGGCCAGGGGUGGGCAGGGCCCUCGGCCUAAUAUCUGCGGCAUCUGCGGGAAGAGUUUUGGGCGGGGCUCCACCCUGAUCCAGCACCAGCGCAUCCAUACGGGUGAGAAGCCCUAUAAAUGUGAGGUCUGUAGUAAGGCCUUCUCCCAGAGCUCUGACCUCAUCAAACACCAGCGCACCCACACGGGCGAGCGGCCCUACAAGUGUCCCCGUUGUGGCAAGGCCUUCGCCGACAGCUCUUACCUGCUUCGCCACCAGCGCACCCACUCUGGUCAGAAGCCCUACAAGUGCCCGCACUGCGGCAAGGCCUUCGGUGACAGCUCCUACCUCCUGCGGCACCAGCGCACCCACAGCCACGAGCGGCCCUACAGCUGCCCCGAGUGUGGCAAGUGCUACAGCCAGAACUCUUCCCUGCGUAGUCACCAGAGGGUGCACACCGGGCAAAGGCCCUUCAGCUGUGGCAUCUGUGGCAAGAGCUUCUCGCAGCGCUCGGCGCUCAUCCCCCAUGCCCGCAGCCACGCCCGCGAGAAGCCCUUCAAGUGCCCUGAGUGCGGCAAGCGCUUUGGCCAGAGCUCGGUGCUGGCCAUCCACGCCCGCACCCACCUGCCAGGCCGCACCUACAGCUGCCCCGACUGCGGCAAGACCUUCAACCGCUCCUCCACGCUGAUUCAGCACCAGCGCUCCCACACGGGCGAGCGGCCCUACCGGUGCGCCGUGUGCGGCAAGGGCUUCUGCCGCUCCUCCACGCUGCUGCAGCAUCACCGGGUCCACAGCGGGGAGCGGCCCUACAAGUGCGAUGACUGUGGAAAGGCCUUCUCGCAGAGCUCCGACCUCAUCCGCCACCAGCGGACCCAUGCAGCCGGCCGGCGCUGACCUGGGGCCCUGCCAGAGGCUGGGGAGGUGGUGGGCAGAAGAGAAGAGGCCAGGGAGCUAGAGAAAAACCUUUAGAGGGGAUAGUGGGAAAGCUGGGGGAGGUUGGAGGAGUCGAGGGCCAGGGUGCAGGAAGUUACGUGCCCUGGAGAUUUAUGGGAAAUGGGCUAUGAAGAGGGGUUGGAGAGAGGCCAGGCAGGCAGUGGGAGGUUCUGGGAGAGAUCCAGGAGAGAGGUCAGCAGAGAGCUGGCCUUGGCAGCAACUUGCCCCUUGGUGGGUGCCUGGCUUGGCAAAGCGCUAGGCGGGGGUGGGGGGGAGGGGGGAGGGUUACUUAAUUAGAGUUGGGUAGCUUAGAUUGGUAGCUACUGAGACCCUCGUUGAGUCAGGAAGGGGUGAGGGUAGGUGGGGUGGGGAGUGGGGCCCUGGGGUGGGGCUUGGGCCUCAGUGCAAACCCCAGCCUCCCUUGUCUUCCUCAGGCUUUGGAGCCCCUGAAUUUGAGUUCAAUAAAAACCUUUAUGU